GUUAAUUGCUUAUUUGAUGGACAAAGAAUCGUGUAUUUCCCGCCGCUGGUAUCAAGUUUAAUUUGAUUGGUUUAUAGAUCAUUCACAGGUGGUUGCGUGUAUCAGGAAAGCGCUUCGUGAAAUCGAUUAUAUGUAUUGAAAGCUGAAAGCGUCGGCAGUACACAGAUUGUGUUUGGGGUGAAAGGUGAAAAUGGCUUUGGUUUUGAACGCGACAAAGGAGUUUUGCACAGACAGAAAUAACCCAGACAGUGGAGGUACAGACAAUAGAGAAUCAUUUUUGCAGCAGGACUCAGUCCCAGACAGGGAACCAGGAACUUACAAAUGCAGUUUUUGUUCAAGUAACUUUUCGUCAUUAUAUCACCUACAGUGCCAUCAUGUAUACAAACACUCGUCAAUAAUGAGUCAUGGUAACCAUGGCAACAAAGUGCAUAAUACUCAACUAGACUCACAACCUUUAGACUUAAAAAUGGCAGCAUUCAAUUCUCAAAGAGUGAGUUAUGACUCUUCACAUGUCAUGGAAAAGCCUGUUGUAUCCGAAUCCGGUGCCUUAGAUCUUUCGACUGUCAGAAGCAGAGUGGUUCCUGAACCGAAGCCAGAAUAUAAUCAAGUUUCGUCAAGCGUCAAUAACGAUGUUGUUGACUCUGAUAAUGAAGAUAGUGAUAAGUUAGUUAUAGAUACACAACAUGAAAAUACUCCGGAAAAUGAAUCUGAUGAAGUAUCUGGAACCAGCCAAUCAAAUCCUCCGCUGUCUCAUUACACUAAAAAUGGAAAGCAAAACUCAUACAAUGGCUCUUACAAUACAGCACAUGAUAAACAUGAAACACAACAUUCAUCAAUCCGUCCAGAAACUGACAUUAGAACUUAUGAUAAAGUUCCUUCCAUUGAAAGGCAGCCAUUAGACUACAGGUCUAAGUCCCCACAAAGAAAUAAUACUCAUUUUCCUGAACUUACUAAACCAGGUGACACUAGUGGUUAUCCUCCGUAUUAUAAUCCACCGAUGGAUAAUCAAUCCUUAUUGAACAUGAUUCCACCAAUGCCGAACAUGGGAAUGAUGGGAAAUUUUCAAAUGCCAUUCGGAUUCUCACCUUAUAUGAUGAUGCCACCAAAUUCUUUUAUGCCACCUGCCACUAUUGGUGGUAUGUCUGAAGGAAGAUUUCAACUACCCAUUGACUCCUUCCCGAAUUCCAUGAAUCCUACCAUGCCUUACAACCCUAACUUAAACUUACAACCCAGUAAAGCGGGACCAGUAAGGAGAAAUUCUGGAAGUAAGUCUAAAUCAACAUCCAGAAACACUGAUAUUACUAGUAAACAAAAGGAUGUUGUUGAAAUCUACGAAUGUAAAACAUGUAGCAGAAAGUUCUCACAAGUUGGAAACUUCCACAACCAUAUGAAAACUCACGAGUCUAAAAUAUGCUCAUGUGGAAUUUGUGAAAAGGAAUUUAGUGAUAGCUACGAACUUCAGAGACACAUGAGAAAUACACAUACAGGAAGUAUGCCGUAUAAAUGUGAGCAGUGUGAUCGUGAAUUUAGUCAAUAUAAUAAUUUACGUCGUCAUCUUCGUGUUCAUAAUGGUAAAAAUUACAAGUGUCAUCUGUGUGGUCGCACAUUCAAUGAAGUGUUUUAUCUAGAGAUGCACAUGGGCUCACAUACCGGUGAGAGGACAUACAAAUGUGGUGUGUGUAACGCUGCAUUCAGUGACAACGCAGAAUUACAAAAACACGUUAAAACACAUAGUGCUGAGGAAUUACACACCUGUGAUGUGUGUGGAAAGUCGUUCAGUAAAGCGUGCGUGUUACGUCAACAUAAGAAGAUGCACAGCGGAAUUCGUCCAUUCAAAUGUGAUGUUUGCGACAAGUCUUUUAUACAUCGUCAUCAUUUAACUAUUCAUUCUCGUAUGCACAGUACAAACAAGCCGUACAUUUGUAAGAUAUGCAAGAAGGAAUUUGCUCAGACAAGUCAUUUAUACAAACAUAUUCGUCAACACACAGAGCAACCUGGAGUGACUGAAGCAAUGAUCCACGAAUCGUUAGCGCCAAUACUAGAUAAAUUAAAACAAUCUGGUGAGUCUCCGAUAUCAUCACCAUCCAUUGAUUCUAGUGACGAGAAAAUAUCAGAUGUUGUUAACAACAAUGUCAAACAAGAAAAAGACUCAAAUGAGGAAAGUCAUUCAGGGGAAGUAACUGUCCAAAAUGAAAUGAAAUUAUCUGAAAGCUCAAAGCCGGAGGAAGCAGGUGAAGAAGCGGAGGAUGUGUCAGAAAACGAAUCUGAACUUUCAAAUUCUGUAAGGGAAAAGACACUAAAACAUGUGAAAGAAACAUCGGUUAACAACGAGCAGAGGGAUAUUAAAUCCAUUGAAGUUGAAUCUUGUGAACAGAAAAUCAAUCGGCCUCUACAAUCACUGCAAGCCACACGUACAGAUGUCACCGAAAUCAUGAAACAUAGUCUUAAAGAAGUUGAAAAUCUAUUUCACCAACACAGACAGAACACAGAAGGGGGAAAUACUCAUGAUGAUUUAAAUGACAAGAAGUUGGAAACUUAUGAAUCAGAUGAUAAUGCAUCAGACAAAACAAGUGUCUCGUUAGCCUCAAGCUUAUCAGAGAGGAUAUAUCUCAAUAGUCCUAACUCUGGCAUACCCUAUGAUGAACAAUGUUUAAAGGAGAGUUCUUUACCCAGAAUUCCAGAUUAUGGUUCCCAGUAUUAUGAAAACAGCUCUGUGAACCAAGACCACAAUGAAAAGGAAAAACUUAAUACCAGUUACCAUGGUGACAAAGUACAAGAUAAGUGUAAUGACACUGACAGAUAUUCUCCCAUAAGUCAGUCUGGUGACUCAUUGAGUGAAAGUGACUUCCGAUCUAGGAGUGACUCUGCCUCUGAAAAUCUUGUGCCGAACUAUAAGCCAACAUCUUCACCAUUAUCACCGAGAAUAGUAUCAGCAUCAGCAUUAUCACCUAGAAUAGUAUCUUCUGAAAAUAUACUGAAGGAGCAACUCAUUCCUAAAGAUAACUGUCUUGUAGAAGAGGCAAAGGUGGAAAUUGUGAUGCCACCAAAGAAAAGGAAACGAAAUGCAUCCCGACAGAAAAAGAAAUCUCAAGAUACUGUGGACAUGAUAGAAGAACAGUCAGCUGACCAAUCAAAAUAUCCUCAGAUGAUUCAACCAAUGGCAGCAGAGGCUCAACAAAUGUACUUUCUUCAGCUGCAGCAAAUGCAGAUGGCGCUAGCAGCAAAUGUCAUGGCUGCACAAGGAAUGAUGAUGCAUAGUGAACAGAUGAAAAACCAAAGAGGUAUUCCAAAUGGAUACCUAUAUAAUUCAGAUACAAAUGAUCUGCCUUUAGCUAGACAGACUCCGUCAGGAACUCCAUUGAAAACUAGUCUUCCAUUUCCAUUUAACAUUACCAAAGACAGUGGGCCUCUUGAUUACCCAAGAGGAAGCCCAAUUCAAAAUGGCAGCAUAAUUAAUCAUUCCAUUGCAAAAGCCGGUUAUUCAUAAUUUAUUUUUUUACGUCAUUGUUUACAUUUUAAAAUGUUGAAUGUUGCCUUUUUGGUGUUUUUGCCAAUAUAAUCUUGAGUAUUGAAUAUAACUUUUUCAAAUGUAGAAUGUUAUUGUUAUAAUUAGAAUUUCUGGAUUUUUUUGAUGCAUGACAUGUAAGUAAUUUAAUUUGUAUUCACAUUCAGAGGCAUGUUUCAAAAUACUGAGAAGAACAGCAGUUGGCUGCGCAAGUGUAUUUUUUAAUAUUUAAAAAGGGGUUUAAAGUUUUUGUCUUCAUUUUUUUUUAAAAUGCAGUUAAAUAAACAAAAAUAUGAUCAGUAUAGAAAUUUUUGGUAAAAACUAAAUGGAAAAACCUGUAUUACAGGGAGACAAACAUGAAAAAUUGGCAAUUUUGGAAAAAUAUUUAAAGAUGGUUAUAAUCAAGAAAAUUACUAAUAUCAUUUAUUUACCAAAUAUCUGAAUUAAGUUACAUUCCAGACUGAUUAUUUUUGUAUUGGGAGUUUUCUUGGUCCUAAAUAUAAAACUGUCUUCUUUUCUCAGAUUGUAGGAAAUUUAAUAAAAUUAAAUUGGCUUCAAAUAGAAAAUGUCCAUUAAAGAUAUUUAACAUGGUAUGUUAAGAUUAGAUUGUAAAUAAAUGUAAAUAUUAAUCCUGUAUACUUUUUGCAAAGAAAAACAACAGCAGCAAAAUAGUUUCAUAAAAACUUUCUUUUUUAAGGGGAGAUAAUUUUGAAAAUAUACCAAAGAUAGAUAAUCCAAUACAAAUUAUAUUUAGGUGAAAUACUUCAACCAUUCAAAAAAGAAAAGUUUUGUAGAGUUUAGAAGAUUUAGGCCAUGAACAAAUACUUUUGUUUCUGUUAACAUAUAUGAUACUGUAAAAAAAUAUGGAAUCUAAUUCUUUUCAAAUUUUACAUAGUUCAAUCUGACUUUAAAUGGCUAACGAUCUUAGACUAGGAACUUACAAUUGAAUUCCAGUUAGUUUGGUUAGAAGAAUUAUAUGUAUUUUGUUAGGACUUGGUGUGUCCAAACAUUUUUGUAAAGUAUUGCCAUAUUAGACUGUGCCAUAUACAAUUGAAGUUCUAAAGAAUAUUACAUGUGUUCAAAUUUAUUUGCUCAAAUUUAUUGAUUACUAUUCAUGACUGUCCAUUGAAUUUGCUCAAGUUUUCAUUGUAUUUAAAUGAGUGUUAUUUUUUUACAGUUGUACAUGUAGCCAAAAAUCAAAUGUAAUUCAUGUUAUACAUGUUAUAGGUAGCAUUUAAAUGAUUGUUAAUUUUGCAUUGAAAAUUGUGUUCAUAACCUUAUAAUCCAGAGUUAAAACUAUGCAUUUUUUAUUUAUUUUUACAAGAAUCACUCAUAAAAUAGUUUUCAUUGAAAUUCAUCUCAUCAUUAAUAUGAUUAAUAUCAUAAAGUAUAUAUAUUUUUGAGAAAAGCAUUUUAGUCAGUCAUUUAGUUAAAGGAAAGUAGGUGAUGUAGGUUACAUACAGAAAUCUGAUAUAUUUUGUCAGGUGUUUAUUUCAUGUAUGCACAUUUUCUUAUAUGUAUGAAGAAUUAUUUGUUUUCUUAGAAAUUAAGUGAUGUCGUGCAGUAUUUUGCCAUUUAUGUAUCAAGAAAUAAUGACAGCAAUAUAAAGAAAUAUGAAGUUAAAUGUGGUGUUAAACACCAAAAACAAAUAUGAAACGAAUACAAUAUCUCAAUGAAAACAGUUUCAUGGUAAGGGUAGCUUAGUUUGUUUGCUGCACAGCUGAAUAAUAAAAUUGAAAAGUUAAUCCUUUCAAAGAGAUUCUCUAGUACUGUAGUAGAAAAAGAAUUUACAUUUUGCAUUUUAACCAAGAAAAGACAGAAGAAUAGAAUUGAAAAUAAAAAAUAAAACAUCAUUCAUAAAAAAUAUCCAAAUUUUGUCAGUGCAUUCUCAUGAUAAGUUGUCAUAAUUGUCAAGGACAAAUACAUGUCUCAUUGUUUUAUAUUUGUAUGUCUUUCAAGAAAUUUGUUCAUUCCACUGAGGUAACGGAACCACUAGUUUAGAAAGUUAGUGUCUGUGUGUUUGUCCUGAUGUACAUGAUUGUGUAAUUGUCAAGUUGAACUUUUGUGUGUUUUGCAAGUUGUAAAUAAGCAGUUUAUUUGUAUUUAUUUUCAUGUGAGGCAAUUAUAUGGUUUAUUUACCAAGUUUAUAAGAAUGGUUUGAAAAUUCCUUUUUAGUUUAGCUUAUAAAUCAGGGUUUUGGUAUGUUAUUACAUAUCAUUUGCUAUGUUUUGCAUAAAAAAAGAUGCACCUUGACAUUACCUUAUAUUAAUUUUUCUUUUUCUCUAAUAACUGAGGGGGAUAGGACCUUUAUCGGGUGUUUUUAAGCUCAGGAUUGCGGGAUUGACCCUUUCAGGAUCCGGGGAAUUCCUUUUUUUUGGAUUUCGUAUUUUUAAGCCCAGAAUUUCGGAUUUUGUGUUUUAAAACCCGGGAUUUCAGGAUCAGGACCCCUCCUAUCCCCCCUCUAUUAUAACAAAGGCCCUGGAAGUUAAUGAAACAACAAUCAGUCAAUUGACUAUAAAAUUUAAUUUGGAUUUUAAAUCUAUGUUAACAGAUAAUUUUAUGACAUUUAUGUUUUUUCACAUGCACAGAAUCUGAGAAACUCGUUUACCAAAAUGGUGAUUUUUGUCUUUUUAGACUUUAAACAAUCAAUAAUUAUAGAACUAACAAUUUGAAUUUUCUAUCUGACAUUUAGACCUUGAGAUUUGUCUUUUACUGGUUUGGUAUGCAUUUGCUGGUUGAGUCAACAUUCUUAAAAAAAAUGUGUCUUAUAAAGGGAAUUAACUCUUAGGUGUGUUCAUGACUUCUGGAGUCGGAACAUCUAUCUGGACGCAUCAUUUUAAAACUGGUGAGUUCAGAGAGGUUAUUUUUUUUUAUUGUUGAAAUUUGUGGUCUUGCCUUUAAAAUUCCAAAUGAUGUAGUCUUGUCAGAUAUGGUACUGAAUCAAACUGUAUUGUACAAUAGAUGUAUAUAUGAUUGUGUGUGGAAGUUUAUAGAGAUAGGAGGGUAAAUUGGGGUGUGAUUGGAACACUCAUUUUGUGCUGUUAUCAUGGUGGUAUGAAAUACACAUAUUUUGUUUUGAAGAUAUAGGUAAAUAUGUAAUUUUGUUGAUAAAGAAAUUCGAUAUAAUACUUUCAAAAUCUGUCUAAUAAAGUUCAGGAUAAGAAAAAAUAAACAACUACAAACAUGACAAAUGAGGGGGGAUAGGACCUCUAUAUGGACUCCGGGAUCAGGUGUUUUUAAGCUCAGGAUUUCGGAAUCAGGACCCCUCCUAUCCCCCCUCACAAAUAUAAUCCAACUCAGAGGCGUUAUCUUAUAAUUUGACACAUUUAUAAUCAUCAAGGGGAGAUAACAAAAUAUUAUCUUAUUAUCUUAAUUCUGAGAUAUAUAUGUUUAUCUUUUUAAUAUUGAUAAAUAGGUUUUUGGCAUUGUAACCAUACCAACAGAGUUACAUAUUGUUUUACUUGUAGACUAUUUUACACUGUUUUGAAUAGUGGUAUGUUGUACUCAUUUUUCAUAAAUCAUCAUUACUAUAAAGUUUUCAUUCAUUACAAAAUGAUUCAUAAAUGUUAUUCUUGAAAUAAUAUUGGCUCUUGCAAACGAGUUUAUAAAUGCCAGCUCAUUUACAUGGUUUUUUUAAUCUAAAUUUAUAUAUUUUUUUUAAUCUGUAAAAGUGGAUAAAUUGAGACUUGCAAUGUCAGCAUGAAUGAUUCAAAUUUAUUUAAAGUCUUUUCUUUAAUUUUUUUUUCAUUUUUCAGUUUUCAUACUUUUUAACAUGUGGAAUACUCAAGUAAAAUCAUGCAGAUGACUAGAAAUAUAAAACGCAAAAAUAACCCAAAAGAGACCUUUUCUUUUUUCUUUUUCAAUUUUCAUUUUUGUUAACAUGUUGAAUAAAAGAAACCAUUUUCAUUUCUUUUCAAUUUUCAUAAUUCAUGAUUAAUUAUAAAUAUAAAGAAGUUGUUAAAAUUAUUUCAUACUCAGUUCAAUCAUGUUCUAUAUCUCCCUCCGUUUGAAGGAGCACCACCAUGGGUUAUGGUGUAAAAAAGGGAGACAUUUAACACUAAAGUGCCUUUAUUAAAAUACCAAAUGUUGUCAACCAAAAUUUAACUGCUAAGCUUUUUGCUGCAGUGGUGCAAUACAUAUCAAUAAAACGUUUUGUUGAUUCAA